AUGGAGCAAUUUUAUUUCGAACAAGAAUUCCGCGUGAUGGUUUCAGCUCUAAAACACGUAAUCGCCGGAGGAGGAGCAGAUGCCGGAGGAGGAGAAAUGAAAGGUUCCACGUCAUCACAUUCCGAACCACCAGCUGCGGAGAAUGUGGUGCUCUUCCUCCCCGAUUCACUCACGUGUCCCGCAUGCAAAAUUGCUGACUGUUUAGGCUGUGAAAAUUUCGAACCAGCUCAAAGUUCAAGGAGGAAUCGGAAGAAGAAGUACAGAGGAGUGAGGCAAAGGCGUUCGGGGAAGUGGGCGGCGGAAAUUCGGAACCCGCAUAAUGCGCAACGGGUUUGGCUGGGGACUUUUAACAAUGCAGUGGAGGCGGUUGAAGCUUAUGACAGGAAGGCGAUUGAGUUCAGAGGUGAAAAGGCCAAAACCAACUUCCCGUUAUCUCAUUACAACGUUGAGGCCCAAAGUUCAGAGAAUAAUCAUGACACUGAUGGAUUAAUAGAGAAUAGAAAAAUGGGCAAUGAAGAUAACAGAGCUAUUCCAGGAGAUACGCUGCCUAUGGAAAUAAGACGUCAAUAA